UCCAGAUUUCCAUGACUGCAAAACAGAGGUCACCAUGAAUCUGUGAUCACUGGUUUGAAGAUAAAUUAUAAUUCCCCCAGCCUCAUUUCUUUAUUUUUUGAUAAACCUUCAUUUCUUACAGGGCACCUUUUGUAAGUGUGCAGCAUGACAGAGCUCCACGAAGCUGUGGCUUUGGGGGACUAUGACCUAGUGGAUGAAAUUCUGAGGUCAGGACGCUGUGACCCAAAUCACAAGGAUGUUGACUGGCAUGACAGGACACCACUGCAUUGGGCUGCUGCUAAAGGGCAAUUGGAGCUGGUCAAACUCCUUGUGGAUCAUGGUGCCCGGCAUUGCCUGCGGAGCGAUGUGGGCUGGACCCCAGCUCACUUUGCUGCCGAGUCGGGGAGGCUGGGGGUGCUUCGCAUGCUUCAUUCCCUGCAUGCUGCCAUGGAUGCGGCUGACCUUUUCGGCGACACGCCCAAGAGGCUUGCAGAAAUCUAUGGUCACCAAGACUGCUCCAGGUUCCUAGAAACAGCUGAAGUGGAAAGCAGAAACUAUCGCAGGACAGCCGUAAUGAAAGGAAUCCCCUUAGACCAGAGAGAUGAAGACUGGGAACUCAAGAAAGAAGAGCUUGAAAAAAACCCACCAUGUUCCUGGGAGAAUUACACAUCCUCCACUCAAAAGAAAAGUCAGAAAAAAAGGAAGAAGCAGUAGUGUCCCCUCCCUGUUUGGUGCCACAGAUAACCUGCAGUGAAACGUGAAGGCACCGACAGACUUCAGAUGCUUCAGGGGGUGGAAUGUGGGCGAGCAGGAGAAUUCACCUUUGUGAUGUACUCUGAAUACUGCUCUUAACAGAAAACAGCCACAAGGGCGUCUGUCUGUGUGUCUGUAUGUACCAGAUCUGAAAUAUCUCUAAAUUGCUGAAGAUGCUUAGAUAUGUUAAUACUCCAAGUCACAGGAAUGUCUAGAUUAGAAGAAGUAACAGAAAUGGUUCUAUUCCUGAUUGAUUAAUGAAAGCAUCUGGGACUGUG